AUGGAGGGAAUUAGAUUAACGUCAUACCAACCUGAUAACAAUUCCCAAUUACAGCACAAUUCUGGGCCACAAAUAAGAAUGCAGCAGAUGCCAAACACCAACCAACUUCUGGGAAGACCAGAAUAUGAGUCUGUUAGGGUAGCUAAUAACUACAAUGAAAAUGUUUCAUUUGGCCAAAUGGGUAGAUCAGGUGCUCCUGAUAACUACAGCCAACCUGGACUAAUUCCAGCUGGUAAUAAUCGUUGGCUACCUUCUGUUAAUGUAGCACCGCUGCCUGCACAGGCAAUGUACAUGCCAGGACAAGUACCACGCUACUCCGAUCCUUUUGGACCUACCUACUUUCCUUACAUGUAUGGACACGACAAGUGGCCGUACAGGGUUGAAAGCGCAUUCACUUCUGCAUUACGCCUGAUUAUCAAAAACGGUACAUCAAAAAUCAAAAUCAAAAAUAAGAAUUAUGGACGUAACGAAUUGAUAUCCAUUUACAUUAAAUAUCAUACAGGUGAAACUCGUACUAAGAAGCAAAUUUCUUCCCAUAUUCAAGUUUGGAAAAAGUCCAUUUUGAACAAACUUUCUACUAACGUGAGAUUAACUCCAUUGGAUAAAGAGAUACUGGAAUUGAUUGAAAGAGGCCCUAAUCAAACUGAAGACGCAUUACGUCUGUUUUACAGUGUUUUCGAAAAAAUUAUCGAAGCUUGCCCAAAGGAAGAUAUUGAGGAGAACCCUAAUGUGCUUUCAACUAGCAAUGUGGUUAAGAAGGACCAGUAUUACCAAUCAGAAGACAGAAAUGUGUCUUCUGGGCAGGAAAUCAAUAGUCCUCAAAGGUCUGUCAAUAACUCCAAUAGCUGUACACCACCUAAAUCAAACUUGGAUAUCAAAAAUAUGGCCAACUCUGAGCCAAUGAGUGCCUUAAGCAAGAACAGAACACGUAGUCCUUAUGCUCAUAGCUCUGAAUACAGUGGAAAUGAUGUGGGUAUAGAAGGUGAUUCUAAAGUUGCCAGUAUUUCUUAUGUAAGCCCUGGCUACAUGAAAGCAGUACAAGAUAAUAGCGCUUGGUCAAGUAACAAUACCAUUAGUCCACCUGGAACUACAUCUAAUUCAGUUUUUUCUUCUACACCAACUGAUAGUACUACUUCUGUGUCAAUUAAUAACAGAGUUGCUGCACAUACUCAAAAAGUUGAACGGGAUUUUAUUGAUGCGUAUGACAAUCACUUGCCAAGCUCAAGAGAUUUGAGAAAGGGUGCAGAGCCUUUCAUUGCUGCUCUUCGUGAUGAUUUAGGUAGAGGUGCUGUUUACACGACUUAUGCUGACAAUAGCAUGAUUCAACAAGCACCUGCAUAUACCGUCAUCUCACCACAAAUUGGUUAUCAACAGCAAACAAAUGUUGCUGUUAGUCAGCCAUUUGACCAUCAACCGGAUUACAAUCGAUCAAACACUUUGCCAGCUUAUAAGGGUGUUCCUUAUGAUAACCUUUCUCAGCGUGUUGUAUCAACUUCAUAUCCACCUGUGUCUAAUCAAUACCCUCAAACAAGUGCAUAUGCUACAGCUACCCAGCAACAACCUCAACAAAUAGGCCAGCAUGCUAAUCUGACCCAGGGCCAAUUUUACUCUGCACCUUUGCAAUAUACAGAAAGGAAGAUUCAGCCAAACAAUGGGUUUGGUAUGAAUAAUACAACAGAAAACAGACAGUUAAAUCCUUACGGAGCAGGAUAUAACGGUGCAUCUUACCCUAUUAAUUCCUUGAAGCAAGAAGAUGUACCGGCAAAUAGAUUGUCAAUUUCACAUCAGGGUUCAUACCCUACUUCAAGUUUAAAUGCUGUUCUAAACAAAAACAAUUCAGGUAACUGA